AUGGAAGUCACCGGCGGAGAGGAAUAUUACAUUGCCUCGGACAACAUAGGCACUCCCCUGGCCAUCUUCAGUAGUAACGGACAGAUGGUCAAACAGCUGCAGUACACAGCGUACGGUGAGAUCUACCACGAUUCCAACCCAGAUUUCCAGCUCAUCCUAGGCUUUCAUGGAGGUCUUUAUGAUCCCCUCACCAAACUGGUACACUUUGCCCAGAGAGACUACGACGUGUUGGCGGGAAGAUGGACUGCACCUGAUCAUACGUUGUGGCCGAAGAUAGGAAAAGAGCCGGCUCCGUUUAACUUAUACAUGUUUAAGAAUAACAAUCCACUGAGCGAUAUGAUUGAUGUCAAAAACUAUGUGACAGAUGUGAAGAGUUGGCUGGUUAUGUUUGGCUUCCAGCUCAGCAACAUCAUACCAGGGUUUCCUAGGCACUCACUAUAUUUUGUUGACCCUCCUUAUGAGAUUCUCGCCAGUCAGGACUCUGAUAAAACUAAGCUUUUCACUGGAGUUCAGCAUUCAGUUGAAAGACACAAUCAGGCCUUCAUGGUCAUCGAGGGCAGGUUGCUUAACAAACAGCGUCGCGUCAAACGCGACAAAUCCGGUUUCUGGUUCGGCACCAGCACACCCAUCGUAGGCAAUGGCAUGAUGUUUGCCAUUAGAGACGGCCACGUGCUAACAGACCUGUCUAGCGUAGCUGGCGAAGAUAGCCGCAAGAUUUCGCAGAUCCUCAGCAAUGCCAUCUACCUCGAGGGGUCUCACUACACCAUCGAUGGGCGUGACUGGCAUUUCUUUGUUAAGCUUGGAUUAGCGGACAGCGAUCUGCUGGCCCUCGGACUCAGCAGCGGCCAUAAAACGCUAGAGAACGGCAUUAACGUGACCGUCAGCGGACGCUCGCGACGGAGCGUCACACUAGAAAUCCACUCCUCCAGACUAACCUACAGUGUUCGAUACGGAUUGUCAGCGGAGGUUCUGGAAAAGGAGCGAAGCCGCAUAUUGGAGCAGGCCCACCAGAGGGCGCUGUCUGGAGCCUGGGCUAGGGAGCAGCGGCAGGUACGUGACGGCAGGGAUGGAGGUCGCGUGUGGGCCGAAAAUGAGAAGCAGCAAUUGUUAGCCAUGGGGAAGGUGCCGGGUUACGAAGGCUACUACGUUUUGCCGGUGGAGCAGUACCCUGAACUGGCAGACAGCAGCACUAACAUCCAGUUCCUCAAACAGAAUGAGAUGGGCAAGAGGUAACAGAGUUGAACUGUUGAUGACGCCACAUCAUCUCCUAAGGAGAGAACCAACAUAAAGAGCGCUGCAGAGACGUUUCCCAAAAGCUCCAUGCAAAUGGAGAAAUUACAGCCAGCAGCAAAAACAUUAUGACCCAAAUAAAAAAAGCACUUGUAAGUCCUUGUGACACAAGGCGGAUGGUGAUUUUUCUAGUGACUUUUGACUUUAUAGAAAGUGGUAAAUAUUUUUUAGUCAUUUCUGACUGACCGUAACAGACGUCUGUGUGAUAAUAGUGUAACGGCUCACUGCUUUGGUUUUUAAUGCCAAACUAGAAACAAAUGUAACAUUUCAAAUCACAAACGUUCAGGCCGCUGAAGAGAAUAGCCGAAAAUAUCUAGUCAUCAUCCGCUCUUCUGUGUUUGUGAAACAACAGUUUAGGAACAAAUUCAGAAGGAACUUAAGUGUCUCAACAUUUUCAGUCUCUUGUUCCACAUUUACUCAAAAGACAUUGGGAUCUUGCAACAGUGUAUUGUAUGAAGAUUUCAAGUGCACCAUAACUAGACUGAGCUGUUCUGGACAGCCUUAGAUGGAGCGUAAGGUGUCAAUCAAAGAAACUCACAUCAUCUCUUCUCUGUUCUCAAUAUCUGACAAUCACAGGACAAAAACUGAUCAAUAAACUUUACAUGAGCCAACGGUUUUGUAAAAUAUGUAAGAGAGAAAGAUUAUUGAUUGUCUGUUUUUUAUUUAAUUUCAACUUGACACGUGAUAACAGAUGAAAGGGUAAUAUAUAUGGUUUUUAAUAUUGUUUCUACUUUAAGUCUUUUAAAACUGUGAAACAUACCACACAUGUAAAAUAUUCUCAUUGGCUGUAUUUAAAUCAAACUAGUACAUUUCUUUAAGGAAGUGGCUUUGUCGUUACAUCAAGUGAAAAUUCAUCGCAAGACUCAUCACAUGGUCGUUUUAUUUGACUAUUACAGAAACUAAAGCAGCCGUCGACUUCCUUUUUUAUGACGUUUUUGAUGUAGAAUGUCUUCUGACUACAGUCAGUAAUGGUAUGAGCUCAGAAUCAAACAGCAACCUGUGGAAGAAGGUUCUUUGGAAGUUCUAGAAAAAAAUAAAACAUUUGCAUUUGUA